AUGGCCUUUAACGGGACGUGGCAGGUCUACGCUCAGGAGAACUACGAAGAGUUCCUCAGGGCCAUGGAGCUUCCAGAAGAGGUGAUCAAAAUGGCCAAAGACAUCAAGCCCAUUACUGAGAUCAAGCAGAGCGGUAAUGACUUUGUGAUCACGUCCAAAACCCCUGGGAAGACCCUGACCAACGCCUUUACCAUCGGCAAGGAGGCUGAGAUCACCACCAUGGACGGCAAGAAGAUCAAGUGCACUGUCAACAUGGACGGUGGAAAACUGGUUUGUAACACUGGGAAGUUUAACCACGUCCAGGAGAUCAAAGGAGGAGAGAUGGUUGAGGCUUUGACCAUGGGGUCGACAACUCUCAUCAGAAAGAGCAAGAAGAUGUGA